AUGAAUCUCGAAUCAGCAGAUUUUGUAGAGGUUGAUCCAACUGGAAGAUAUGGCAGGUACAAUGAGAUUCUUGGCAGAGGAGCUUCAAAGACAGUAUAUAAAGCAUUUGAUGAGUAUGAAGGGAUCGAAGUUGCUUGGAAUCAAGUUAAGCUAUAUGAUUUACUACAGAGCCCUGAAGAUCUCGAAAGGCUUUACUGUGAAAUUCAUUUGCUCAAAACUUUGAAACAUAAAAACAUUAUGAAAUUCUACACUUCUUGGGUUGAUACUGCCAAUAGGAACAUCAAUUUUGUCACUGAAAUGUUCACUUCUGGUACUCUUAGACAGUACAGAUUGAAGCAUAAAAGAGUAAACAUUAGAGCAGUGAAACAUUGGUGUAGGCAGAUCUUAAAAGGGCUGCUUUAUCUUCAUAGCCAUGAUCCACCUGUGAUCCAUAGAGAUCUCAAAUGUGAUAAUAUCUUUGUCAAUGGGAACCAAGGCAAAGUGAAAAUUGGGGAUCUUGGUUUAGCCGCUAUCCUGCAGAAAUCGCACGCUGCUCAUUGUGUUGGGACGCCUGAAUUUAUGGCUCCUGAAGUGUAUUUAGAGGAAUACAACGAAUUAGUUGACAUAUAUUCUUUUGGGAUGUGCAUAUUGGAAAUGGUAACGUUCGAAUAUCCAUAUAGUGAAUGCAGUCAUCCUGCUCAGAUAUACAAGAAAGUUAUAUCCGGGGAGAAACCAGAUGCUUUAUACAAAGUGAAAGAUCCUGAGGUACGCCAGUUUGUGGAUAAAUGCUUAGCCACUGUUUCUCAGAGACUCUCAGCUAAGGAGCUUCUUGACGACCCUUUUCUUCAAAUAGAUGAUUGCAACUUGGAAUUAAGGCAAAUAGAGAACCACAGAGAUCUAAAUCAUGUGGAUCCUUUAUUGAGACAGCCUUGCAUCGAACGAGAUUACGAAGGAAAUUCGUUUACGAAUCAUUCAUUUGAAGGAUACUCUAAUGGUUAUAAUUUUGAAGAAUCCAAUGGAUGGGCUUAUAAUCCGAUAGAGGUCGGGCAUAGUGGAAUUGAACUGUUUGAGCGUAAUGAAGAUGAACAUGAUGAAGAUUUUCCCGAGCUCGAUAUAACUAUUAAGGGUAAGAGAAAAGAAGAUGGUAACAUCUUUUUGAGACUCAGAAUGUCGGAUAAAGAAGGUAGGAUCAGAAACAUAUACUUCCCGUUUGACAUUGAAACUGAUACAGCAUUAAGUGUUGCAACUGAAAUGGUUGCUGAGUUGGAUAUAACCGAUCAAGAUGUCACUAAAAUAGCCGAUAUGAUUGACGGAGAAAUUGCUUUACUGGUUCCAGAAUGGCGACCAGGGCCCGGAUAUGAUGAGACUCCCCGAUUUUCAAAUUCCAACUUCUGUCUUAAUUGUGCUUCUAAUCAUACCUCUACGGGUUCAUUCUUGAAUUUUCUGUCAAAUAAUCCCGGUGCAAAACCUUUGCAGUUUUUACAGUGUUCAGAAGGAUGUACUGCUACACAUGGACGGUUUGAAGAAUUCACUUAUCGAGUUGAUAGUCCCCAUCAAAAUGAAUCCAAUGCUGCCAAUAAGCCACCUUUACCCAAUCGUCCUAAUGGUUUCCUUUGUGACGAAAUUUUGAAUCAGAAUGAAAGUCAUGAAUGCAGCUCAAUAGGCUCCGGUGAAAGUCAUUAUCAAGAAGAAAAGCUAGAUAAAGAAAGUAGCAUAGAGGACAAGACAGAGGCGAUUAAGAAGAAAAACACUUCCAGUACAAGAAUGUUUUCGAAAUCUUUAUCCGACUCCCUUUCAUUUGCCGGGAUUCACACAUUGACCGAAGAUAUACCUGUCGACUACGACGACAAAAUUCAACACCAGUUGGGAUGGCUUAGAGUAAAGAAUCAGAUAGAAGUGCAGAAACUUACAGAUCAAUGGUUAAAAUUUCCUCCAAGAUGUUCAAAUCAUUGUUCGACUUUGGAUAAUAGUGACCGAAAAGAUGAAGCUGGGAUCGUAUCGUACAAAACUCUCGGACUUUCUGAUUAUGAUGAGAACACGAGUUUGAAAAGCUGCCCGAGUUCGGACCCCGUAAGGGCUGGAAAAUCCGAGGUGGAUAUUCAAGAGAGUUUGUUCUCUAGUUCAUUGCUUCCUCAAAAACUUCGGAGAACAAUAUCCUUGCCAGUAGAUGCUGUUGAUUUAUGA